ACCUCUCGAUGAAACAUCCCUCGCACAACUUUUUCUCCGAUCAAAACCCUUCCCAAAAAAUCCCCAAAAAAUAGCCCAAAAAAAAAAGAAGAGAAAAUCCGCAUCGGAGGAGGUCGUAGAACAGAGGAGGAAAAGGGGGGGCGAUGGGGAGCUACAAAUACUGCAUUUGCUUCACGAGGAAGUUCCGGUGGAGAGAGGCGGAGCCGCCGAGCGACGUGAGGGAGGCGUUCGCGGCGUACGCCGAGGGCGGCGCCGCCAUGAGCGCCGCCCAGCUCCGGCGGUUCCUCGCCGAGGCCCACGGCGGCGCCGCCACCGACGCCGACGCCGAGCGGAUCAUGGAGCGGAUCCGGCAACUCCGGCCCCGCCUCCACCUCGCCAAGAUCGCGCGGCCGCUCGUUCUCACCGUCGAGGAUUUCCACCACUUCCUCUUCUCCGACGAGCUGAACCCUCCCCUCAAAUCUCAGGUUCAUCAUGAUAUGAGCGCGCCGUUGUCACACUAUUACAUAUAUACAGGUCAUAACUCAUACCUAACUGGGAAUCAGCUUAGCAGUGAUUGCAGUGAUGUCCCAAUUAUUAAAGCGCUCCAAAGAGGUGUUAGAGUAAUUGAACUGGAUUUGUGGCCUAAUUCUGCAAAAGACGAUGUAGACAUUCUCCACGGAAGGACAUUGACAUCUCCAGUCCCACUUAGAAAAUGUUUAAAUUCGAUUAAAGAAUAUGCCUUUUGUGCUUCUCCCUAUCCUGUUAUUAUAACUCUGGAAGACCACCUUACUCGUGAUCUUCAGGCUCAAGUUGCCAAGAUGGUCAUAGAAAUCUUUGGCGACAUGCUAUACUACCCUGACUCAGAAUUUCUUCAAGAGUUCCCUUCACCAGCAGCCCUAAUGAACCACGUCAUCUUGUCAACAAAACCACCAAAGGAGUAUCUCGCAGCUAAGACUUCUAAGGAGAAGAAUAUUGAAGUUCACAAUGGAAAGGAAUCAAAAGAGGAAGCUGCAUGGGGAAAGGAAGUCCCAGAUCUUCAGGCUGAAAUUGAAUCUCAUAGUAAGUCUAAACGUAGAGAUGAGGUCGACGACGACGAUGAUGAUGAAGAUGAGGAUGAGGAUGAGGAUGAGGAUGAGGAUGCGCAGAAAAUGCAACAAAAGCAACCACCAGAAUACAAACAUCUAAUCACUAUCAGGGCUGGUAAACCAAAGGGUGGCUUGAGUGAAGCACUAAAAGUUGAUCCCGAUAAAGUUAGGCGCCUCAGUUUGAGUGAGCAACAACUUGCCAAAGCAGCAGCGGCACAUAGUGCUGACCUCAUACGGUUCACUCAGAAAAAUCUACUGAGAAUUUACCCGAAGGGAACACGCGUCACUUCCUCUAAUUAUAAUCCAUUUAUCGGCUGGGUGCAUGGGGCUCAGAUGGUUGCCUUCAACAUGCAGGGGUAUGGAAGAUCCCUUUGGUUAAUGCAAGGAUUUUUUAAAGCCAACGGGGGCUGUGGUUAUAUGAAGAAACCUGAUUUCUUGUUGAAAACUGGCCCCAACAAUGAGGUUUUUGAUCCCAAAGAAGCUUUAGCUGUGAAGCAAACCUUGAAGGUCAAAGUAUAUAUGGGCGAUGGUUGGCGUAUGGACUUCAAGCAGACGCAUUUUGAUGCUUAUUCCCCUCCCGACUUUUAUGUUAAGGUAGGGAUUGCCGGAGUUCCAGCUGAUUCCAUGAUGAAGAAGACAAAGCCAAUCGAGGAUAACUGGACACCGGUUUGGAACGAGGAGUUCACUUUCCCCUUACGUGUUCCUGAGAUAGCUCUGCUUCGAAUCGAAGUACACGAAUACGAUAUGUCCGAGAAGGACGACUUUGGCGGGCAGUCCUGCUUGCCCGUAUCCGAGUUAAGGUCCGGAAUCUGCGCCGUGCCGUUGUUCGACCGUGAAGGAAUAAGGUUCAAAUCUGUGAAGCUGCUCAUGAGGUUCGAGUUCGUUUGAUCUGUUUUGGCGCAGUUUGUUAUCUCAAACGGGUGUUUUAUUGUGUUGCUUGAUAAUAGUAUGCAUGUGUGAAUUGGUGAUUGUAUAAUAAACGGACGUAAGAGUUUUGUUACAUGUUGCACAUAAUAAUAAUAAUAAUUAAAAAUGCAGAGGCUUUUCAGUAA